AUAACGCUAUAAUAUUCUACGUAGAAACGUUUACGUUUAAAUACGCAUUUGUAAUUAAAUUUGAAUUGAAACUAAAGAAAGAGAUAUCGAAAACAUUUAAAGAAAUAAACUAACUAUAUACGAAAAAGCAAUAAAAGGAUACAGCUAGAUCAAAUUAUGAAAGGAAUAAUUGAGAUUGUACUACUUUCAGCGCUUAUUCACUGCGCAGCAGCUUUGGAAUGCUAUGAAUGUUCGGACUGUACCGUUCCAUUUAGUAGCUACUUUGCUGACACGGUCGAAUGCAACAGUGCAUCCUGUAUGAAAAUGAAUUUAACAACUAAAUUCAACAAGUUAGGAAUAGUGUCUCGAGGAUGCAGCACAUAUGGCUUUGAAGCAGAACGAUGUGAACUAACGGAAGUGUCUGGCACAACAAGCGAGAUAUGUUACUGUAAUGAAGAUGAAUGCAACGGAACCAACGAUAUUAAAACGACAGUCACAUUAAUUGUUGUACUUUCAACUAUUAUGAUUCUAUUAUUUUUCUAACAUUUGAAUGUGUGAUGUGUAUGUAUAAUGUUGAAGUAUUUUGAAGUAUUUUGAUUAUAGAAGAAGUAUAUCUUGCCUACCUAGUUGGGAAAGACAAAGUUGUCCGGGUAGGAGAUCACUGUAUCUUUUAAAUUCAAUAAUUUACGAUCUCUUUGAAAAUGUUCCAGUAAUAUUAACGGUAGGCAAGAAAAGUGAUAUAACAUAUUUACUGUUUUUCCAACCCUUGUGAUAGCGUGGCUAAAAAACCUCGAUAGCGCUCGGUUUCCAUUCUACCUGUUCCUCGGGUUUGGAAAAAUCCUUUCUCGUACAAGCAAGCAUGUAAGAACCCUAUAUUCUUGUACAUUUUAAAAACAUCAGUCCUCAAAUAAUAUCCAAAACUACGUAACACAUUUCUGUAUCAAUACUUUCAGACUGAAUGAACAUUGCAAAUGAGUGUUUGUAUUUAAUCAUGCUUAUAACAGGCAAUUUCUGUUAAAGUCUUCGUCAACUGGAAUGUGCUAAAUAAUUAAUUGUUAUUCCUUAGAUGAUUAUGGACGAGGAUGUAAUAUCGCGGGAGAUGAGGCAAUAUUGAAAUGCAUAUGAGGCAUUGGACAUACAUAUUCACAUUAUUUCAUACAUUACAAAAGACAUUACACCUAACAUUCAUUUUCUAUAGGCUAGUGUGAAAGUUUAUAUGAGCUGAGAGGUAUGAUAAAUUCUGUUUGAGAGCUUGUGUCGUCAUAUCUACAGGCAAUGCAGAGAA